AAUUAUUUAAUGAACAUCUUUUUCUUGGCAUGGAUUUUUCACAUGUGGGUAUAAACCCACUGAAUUUGAACCUUUAGACUUCUUAGAUAUUAACCUGUGACCUUAGACAUUGGCCUACAAUACCCUCUACUCCCCCACCAUCACCCCAUCAUAAGUAAAUAAAACCACAUACAUUUUUAUUUCUUAUGUAUGCCUUGCUCCUUUGAAACCUGAGGGACAUACUUUAUCUUUGGGCCACUAUUAUUACAAGGUACCUAACAGUGUGUUUUAUGUACACUGGACUAAUUUAUGUAAAGGACUUUUAAAGUAUUUAUAAUUCCUUUUGCUCUUUCUAGGGUUUCCUGAUUCUCAGACUAAAGUUUUUCCUCAAGAUAAAGUGGUACUUGUAGGCUCAGAUAUAACAGUUUGUUGUGUGACUCAAGAAAAAGUGUUAUCGGCACAGAUUGGCAGAACAAAUUGUCCCCUUAUCCAUCUUGAUGGGAAAAAUGUUGCAAUCAAGAUCCGUAAUAUUUCUGCUUCUGAAAGUAGUGGAACAAAUGUGGUUUUCUCAGUAGAAGAUAACAUGUUUGGAACAGUUAUUUUUGCAGGAUAUCCACCUGAUAUUCCUCAAAAACUGAACUGUGAGACGUAUGAUUUAAAAGAGAUUAUAUGCACUUGGAAUCCAGGAAGACCAACAUCCUUGGUGGGCCCACGCAAUACAAGUUACACUUUAUUUGAAAGUUUUUCAGGAAAAUAUGUUAGAUUUAAAAGAGUUGAAGUGUCCACAAAUGAAAGCUAUCAAUUAUUCUUUCAAAUGCUUCCAAACCAAGAAAUAUACAAUUUUACGUUGAAUGCUCAUAAUCCUCUGGGUCAAUCAGAAUCAACACUUUUAGUUAACAUAACUGAAAAAGUUCAUCCCCAUAUUCCUACUUCAAUCAAAGUGAAAGAUAUUAAUUCAACAGCUGUUACUCUUUCCUGGCAUUUACCAGGCAACUUUGCAAAGAUUAAACUGUUAUGUCAAAUUGAAGUUAGUAAAACUAACUUAGCACGUGAAUUGCGGACUGUCACAGUGAAAGGAGUAGAAAAUUCAAAUUAUCUUGCUGUUGUGGACAAGUUAAAUCCGUAUACCCUUUAUACUUUUCGCAUUCGUUGUUGCACUGAGCCUUUCUGGAAAUGGAGCAAAUGGAGCAAUGAAAAACAGUAUCUAACCACAGAAGCCAUUCCUUCAAAAGGACCAGAUACUUGGAGAGAGUGGAGUUCUGAUGGAAAAAAUUUAAUAAUAUAUUGGAAGCCUUUACCCGUUAAUGAAGCUAAUGGGAAAAUACUUUCCUAUAAUGUAUCAUGCUCCUCAGAUGAGGAAACACAGUCCCUUUCUGAGAUUCCUGAUCCUCAGCACAAGGCAGAAAUACAACUUGAUAAAAAUGACUACAUCAUCAGUGUUGUGGCAAAAAAUUCUGUUGGCUCCUCACCACCUUCUAAAAUAGCUAGUAUGGAAAUUCCAAAUGCUGAUCUCAAAGUAGAGCAGGCUGUUGGAAUGGGAAAUGGGAUUCUCCUCACUUGGAAUUACAAUCCCAACAUGACUUGCGACUACGUAAUUAAAUGGUGUAACUCAUCUCGGUCUGAACCCUGCCUCAUGGACUGGAAAAAAGUCCCUUCAAACAGCACUGAAACUGUAAUAGAAUCUGAUCAGUUUCGACCAGGAGUAAGAUAUAAUUUUUUCCUGUAUGGAUGCAGAAAUCAAGGAUAUCAAUUACUGCGUUCUAUAAUUGGAUAUAUAGAAGAAUUGGCUCCAACUGUUGCACCAAAUUUUACUGUUGAGGAUACAUCUGCAGAUUCAAUUUUAGUGAAAUGGGAAGAUAUUCCUGUGGAAGAGCUUAGAGGCUUUUUAAGAGGAUAUUUAUUUUACUUUGAAAAAGGAGAGAGAGAUACAUUUAAGAUGGAGGGUUUGGAAUCAGGUCGUUCUGACGUAAAGGUUAAGAAUAUUACUGACAUAUCCCAGAAGACACUGAGAAUUGCUGACCUUCAGGGUAAAACCAGUUACCAUCUAGUCUUACGAGCCUAUACAGACGGAGGAAUGGGCCCAGAGAAGAGCAUGUUUGUCGUGACAAAGGAAAAUUCUGUGGGAUUAAUUAUUGCCAUUCUCAUCCCAGUGGCAGUGGCAGUCAUUGUUGGAGUGGUAACAAGUAUCCUUUGCUAUCGGAAACGAGAAUGGAUUAAAGAAACCUUCUACCCUGAUAUUCCAAAUCCAGAAAAUUGUAAAGCUCUUCAGUUUCAAAAGAGUGUCUGUGAGGGAAACAGUGCUCUUAAAACAUUGGAAAUGAAUCCUUGUACCCCAAAUAAUGUUGAGGUUCUGGAAACUCGAUCAGCAGUUCCUAAAAUAGAAGAUACAGAAAUAAUCUCUCCAGUAGCUGAGCGUCUGGAAGAGAGCUCUGAUGCAGAACCCGAAAACCAUGUGGUUGUAUCCUAUUGUCCACCGGUCAUUGAGGAAGAGAUAGGGAACCCAGGAGUGGAUGAAGCCGGCGGGGCCUCACAGGUCGUUUACAUCGACGUCCAGUCCAUGUACCAGCCUCAGGCAAAACCAGAGGAAGAACCAGAAAGUGACCCUGUGGUGGGGGCAGGCUAUAAGCCUCAGAUGCACCUCCCCAUUACCUCUACUGUAGAAGAUCUGGCUGCAGAUGAUGACUUAGACAAAAUUGCAGCUUACAGACCUCAGGCAAAUGUAAAUACUUGGAACUUAGUAUCUCCAGACUCACCUAGGUCCACAGACAGCAACAGUGAAAUUGUCUCUUUUGGAAGCCCCUGCUCCAUUAACUCCCGACAAUUUUUGAUUCCUCCUAAAGAUGAAGAUUCUCCUAAAUCCAGUGGAGGAGGGUGGUCCUUUACAAACUUUUUUCAGAACAAACCAAACGAUUAACAGUGUCCCCCGACACUCCAGUCUGCCAUCUCAAUAAGCUCCUGUUGCCAGUGCUGCCGCAGCAGCACUGGGUGUCUUGGAGGGAUCCUGUGAAGCAUGGUUAGUGAGGUGGAUGUCACUCACAAGAGUUACACUGCAAGUGUUCAUGUGCUUUUAAUGUAGUCGAAACGCCAAAAUUCAGUAACUCAGAUUCAGUCCACACAACUCAUGGUUGGGAGCUAUCUGUGAUUCGAGCCAGAGAAUUCUCACGUUGCUCUGCCUUCAAGAAGCAUUUCACUAAUGAAAACUGCCUGGUCCAUAUGUGCAAAACAAACCCCACAGCAACUGUAUUCUGUUCUGUUGUUCAUCAUCAGGUUUUCUCAUGCAUAUGCUUUUUGGAAUUGUAAGCAGAUUUGCAGGCAAGGGAGAAAAAUGUCAAAGUAACAGAUGAGGUUUAUUUGCCUGGCAUUUGCUCCAUUCUAGAUGAAAGCCAAGCAUAGAUUUUAAAACUUUGACCAUUAUUCUUUAUCCACUGCAUUUAAAAAAAAUUAAUAUAAUUUUAAUAUAGCAGCAGCUCUUUAGUGUUUUGUUUGAUAAUGUAUGCUGAUUUCCGUGCCUACUGUAUAAUGGUUAUCAGUUUUCUCAGGGGUACAAACUUGGAAAAUGAGCGUGACACUGACCAGCCCAAAUCAGAAUCAUGUCUUCUCGCUUUGGUAGGUUUUUCAAACUGUUCCAUUAUUUUUUUACGCUAGCUUCCCUAAUUAGGGUGCCCUAAUAUUUAAAACUUAAAUUUCCAAGACUAUAGAUACUAAGUUUUCAAAAAAAUCAUUAUUGGCUCUUUUGUUUUUGUUGACACAGGUCAGUUUUAUAAUAUAUGAACAAAUUCGAUAUUAUUCAUAAACAUAUAAUUCCAGUGAUUUACUAUUUGAAAUGACUACUAAGCAAUAUCUGGCACCAUUAGCUCUCUGGAUAGUUCAGAUUGGCCUCGGUUCCUCCUGACAAGACCGUGCGUUGAGCCCCAUUGCCCAGGCAGUGACGAUCUUUGACACCUUCUGGCAGGUACCUCCUGCUCUGCUCCUGCACCUUAGCAGUUCCUUCCGCUUAAAGGAUCAUCAGUCCAGACUAUUUGAUUCCGUCCUCAGACUUUUAAAUAUUAAAACUAAAAAGAUAAGGAUUCUUACAGGGACAGUUACUCGAGGGCUAUUUCAUGCAGGGAGUCAUCCGACUGCUUGGAGUCAGCGGGCCUACCUGUAUUAAAGGCGCAGAAGUUGCUCUGCUGUCUAGCACAGCACCCUCUGCCCUCUGAUUUUCAGAAGUGUUGUCUAGAAUGAAUGUGGUUCUUGGAAAAGCAAAACUGAAAAACUAAAAAGCAUUAUCUUGCAUUUUUCCUGCCCUCAGGUUGUCUUUGUAUUUUGUCUUUUGAGAGUUAAGGCAAAAGUACUUUAAAAUUUGGAAGAUCUGAGUAAGUCAAGAUAGCCCUUUUUAAAAUCAUCUGAGGUUCUGUAAUGUACUUACAAAUAAUGGAUCAGUUAUUUUUUUUUUCUAACACAUAAUGUAUCAUUAUAAAAAGCAUAUUGUGGAAAAAAGGCACAAUAUGAGUGACAAGGGGCAAAAUCUAUUUAGGUACUCUGUUUAUGAACCCUGAUUUUAAUUGCUAGGAUCAAUUAAAUCCCUGAGCUUCCUGCUAUAUAAACAUGUGGAAUGAAAUACAAUUAAUUAGGUAUACACAUAGUGUAGUAAAACUGCAUGAUAAUUUUCAACAAUGAAAAUUGUAUCAAACCAGAGCACCUCUGAACAGAUCACCCUGUCCUCAUUUCUCCUGUUGGGCUCCUUCCCUUUGCUUCCACCCAGACAGAGGCUAAGGCUACCUUCUCUCCCUGCAGAAGCUCGUCAUUAUCACACCCCUCCUGCCCACCACAAGGGCAGCAGUCCUAUACCUCAUCUCCUUAGGAUAAGUGUUGGCUAAGAUAGAAGUUUAUUGAUCUUAACCCCACUAACGUGAGAUAAUGGGAAAAGGCCAGAAGAGAUUGUUUGAUCUCUGCCAUUAAUGCAUAUGCUUUUCAGCUGUGACCAUCUGGAUCCAGUGCCCCAGCCUAUAUAUAACGACUCAUUUGUUUGACUAAUGGUAAAUAUCACUGGAGCUCAAGUCCUUUCACUCCGUCCAAGUCUUCACAGCUUUUUCUGUGUGAAAAUGGUUCAAAGUGCAGCUCACCUCUCCCCUGCCUCUCGAGAGAUCCGUCUGUACACUGGAUCACUGGAUUGGCUCUGUUUGUCUGGGCAGGCUCCUUCUAAUUUGCAGUGUGCUUAGAAGAAUGUGCUUUAGGUCUGAGGAUUUCCUUGUCUUUCCCCAUUGGAUUGAAGCUAGAUCUACUCUGUAGAUGGGAAGUGAUUACCUCCCCACCUCCGUCCCACCUGGGCCUGUGGGGACAGAGAGGGGAGGGGAGGGGAGACGGGCAGAAAAACACCCUCUGUCCCAGAUCCAGUUGCUGUGGCACUGGAGACCCUGGUAAAUGUGCCGUUUGUCAGUGCCGGGACCAGGCCUGGCUCUGUCCAGGCAGAUUAGCUCUUUCUGUAGACGGGCCAACUAAAGGCUGCUUAGAAGAGGAGGCCGGACGUGUUCCCUCCAGCCCCUCCUGACUGGGCAAAUAAUUGAGAAACCCCUCUUUGCUGCCAGGGUUUCCAACUAAAACCCAAUCAUUGGUUGGAAAAUUCUAAAUGUCUGAACUAGAAGUAUAUUGCAUUAUGUCUUGAUGAGUGCUGUGUAAAGGACAUGUUUUCACAUUUCCUACAGGCCUGUUCACUUAUUAGCCAAUUUCAAAUCAAGCUUCCCUUGGGAGGAAUGGAGAUUCUGGUGGUCAUCGUGACUGCAUUUCUCUUGUGAGUGGCCAUCUUAAUUAAAAAAUAUUUAAUGUAAAAAUAUUCUUAGAAGACUUAGCUAGGCUUUUGACAUGAGCUAGACCUUGUACUUAUGUAUUGCAUGGAUUAGCAUCCAUAUGUGAUUGAAGUUUCAGUGUGCUGAACCUGCAGAAGCCUGGGUUUGACCUUGUGACCCGAGUAUCUGGAUAGUUGAUGUUAAUGUGCUGAGGUGAGAGAGGUGCUCAGACACAGAGGCAGCCACUCACAGAAAAGUUUAAGGGAGGAGGUUUCAGCCUCCUUUUCCAUACCAGCAUUACUCUCCAGCUCACGAAUCUAAAGGAUUGCAUUUAAAUAUAUCUAGUCCAGUCGCACUCCUCGGGAAAAUGUGGUGAAAGUCACAUUCUUAAAUCUUCAUGCAGCUUGUAUUCUUGUUGGAAACUAGUCCUGUAACUUCUUGUCUUCAUACUGGCCAUAAUUAGAGAACAUUAUGGAAGUUCCCUGGGGGUCUAGUGGUUAGGACUCGGUGCUUUCACUACUGCAGCCUGGGGUCAGUCCCUGGUCUGGGAACUGUGAUCCCACAUCAAGCCACUGCACAGUGGGGCCAAAAAAAAAGCAAGAAUAUUAUAGUCCUUUCUGUAUUGAAUAAUGAGAUGUAGUUUAGUGAAGGAGGCUAGGGAACAUUUUCUUCCAAAAGGAAUUUGGAAUCAAUUUUAUGAUAUUUUGAAAUGAAAGUACUCCCUAACAUGUCAAUCUGCAAAAAAAUGUUAUCUCAAAAUUGUACUACUGCUGAGUCAUAUAAUCUGAGAAAAAAAAGUUUUUGUUUAAUUUUUACUGCUUUCUGUUUUGAACCUUGUUAAAAUUUGUGUAUUUUUUUAAUCAAAUGCCCUUUUUUCCUUAUUUUGAAUGUAUGGAAUUGGGCAUCUCAAAUAUAGGGUCAUUAGCUAAUCACAAAGACUAGGCACGUAAUGGCAGUUCAGUCAGUUUUUUAUUGACAGAGACCCAUCCCAGAAUAUGCAAAUUCAGCAGAGUUUUCCUAAAGGUCAGUAGAUGUCAAGAUCCAGCUUUGCAGAUCUGAGAUUCUUGGCUUGAAGAUUCAGAUCUACUCCAGAAGCAACUCCACAGUUUGAAAACCUGGGAAAGACUCAUGCAGAAAUAUCACAGACAUCACCAGAUACCUUAUUCCAGCUUAAUUUUGAGUGUUCACAGUAUCUUAUUUGAUGGGUACACAAUGCGGGACAUGUUUGUGCCAACCAACAAGUGUUUCUAGCAAACCAACAAGGUGUGAGCUUAGCUGACUAGGACGAGCACUCAUUCUCUUGAUAAACUCUUUCUUCAAAGCAUUUAUUUUAAACUGGUAUUUCUUGCUGAAAUAAAGUUUCAUGGUACCAUGUCCAUCUUUUUAUAUUCAGAAGGAAAUCUUUCACAGAAGAAAACAAUUUGUGGCCAAACUUAGAGGAAUUGCAUCUUUUAGAUAUGACCUUAGAAUAUCAUUGGAAAUGACUCGUUUUGAAUUUGGUCUGUUUAUACCUCUGUGGAUUAUGUACCAGGGCUAUUAAUGUUUAAACCUCUUAUUUUGAUAGCGUGGUGACGUUUAUAUUCCUUUAAAUUAGUACUUUUUUCUUAACUAUUACAUGAUCAUCUUCAUGCUAGUUAUAAUACAGAUGAACCAUUUUUAAUGCUGGUAAUGGAGGAUUAAGAACAACAUUCUGUUAAUGGAUAAUGUCAGGCUUUAUUGGGUAUGGUAAAAUUUCAGGGGCUGUAAUUUGAAUAUAUCCAAACCCUUAUAAUUGAUACUGAGUUAUGACAGAAUUCUGUUAUUUUUAACCAUGAGUAGCACUUGUUUAUCCUUACAUUAAAAAUGUUAAUAUUUUGGAUUAUAAAUCUCCAUGUUAUAGAAUUUACCUAUCCAAGACAAAUUCUGUGUAACAUUUUUAUGGAAAUUUAAAGUAGUGCUUUAAGAGGGAAAUCCUCUGAAUGUUUUUUUUAAUGUGCCUAGUUGAAGAAACAGAAACCAAUAAAUUCAAAAUCUCUUACAUAAGUAAACUAUAACUGAUUGACUAUUAACCAAAUACAAAAAGGUAAUAAAUUGUAUUACUUUUUGGUUGCUAUAACUGAAUACCCUAAAAACUAAGAGAUUUGAGUGGGGGAAAAAAAUGAAUGUUUAAAUGAUGAGGAAUUGAUUUUUAUGGAAUUGAUUUUUAUUGCACACACACACACCCAUAUAUAUAUAUAUAUAUAUAUUUUUUUUUUUUUUUUUUUUUGGUUUUUUUUGCUUUUUAGGGCACUUGGAAGUUCCCAGGCUAGGGGUCCAAUCAGAGCUACAGCUGCUGGCCUACACUACAGCCACAGCAGUGCAGGAUCUGAGCUGUGUCUGUGACCUACUCCACAGUUCAUGGCAACACCAGAUCCUUAACCCACUGAGCAAGGCCAGAGAUUUUACCCGCAACCUCAUGGUUUCUAGUAGGAUUCAUUUCCGCUGCACCACAAUGGAACUCCCUACAUGUGUAUCUUCUAAGAUUGCCUUUGCAGUAGCCAGUCAGAACUGCAAAAUAAACAAAAAAUCCUAACAUAGCUCUUAUGCUACCCAUAUGACCAAACUACUUUGUGUACCUGAUUGAAUGGUUCCCUUAAAUGUAGUGCAUUCUUUAUACAUUUAAAAUGUGCUUUCCUGGGAGUUCUUGCUAUGGUGCAGCAGAAAUGAAUCCAACUAGUAUCCAUGAGGAUGCAGGUUUGAUCCCUGGCCUCACUCAGUGGGUCGGGGGUGUUGCUGUGAUGUAGGCUGGCAGCUAUCGCUCUGGUUCUACCCCCAGCCUGGGAACUUCCAUGUGCUGUGGGCACAGCCCUGAAAAGCAAGAAAAUAAAAUGUGUUUUCUUUUAGAUACUCCAUUUUAAAUGGGUGGCUUUCAAUUUCUAAACUUAUUUACUCUUCUUCCUAAGCAUUCCAGUGGUAUAUUAUAAAAGAUUAGAAGAUUUCUAGGUAGAGAAUUUUCCUUAAACAUGGACAAGUUAAAUUGUUAGGUUUAACCUUAGUAUUUUUGUAACUGAUAAUAGAAAACAAUACUGAAUAAUGAUUUUCAUAAAAAUGUUUUUCAAAUACUGUCUCCAGUUUGAUUUUCCAGCACUUGUCCCCAUUAUUUAUGAUAUAUCCUUCUAUUUAAUUUUUUCUUCCAACAUGUUUCAGGAAAACGUGAGUACAUUAUGAAUACAGUACACACAGGAAGAAACCUGAUAUCAUUCACUGUUGUGGAAGGGUAGGUAUUAUUUGAUACCCUGGGAUAUGUUUUAGACUAUUAUUUUCUCCAAAAGGAGCAAGGCAUCUUCUUAAUUACAUUUCUAUUCAGAAUUGCUUAAAAAAGAUUGGCCUGGAUAGAGAGGCAUCCUAAAUUUGAGAUAAUACUAACUUAAGGUAUGUCCAAAGGUAACAUCAUUUUAAAACACUAAGCUUUCCUAGUAGGAGUAUGUUACCUUUUCUUCUCUUUCAUUAGCCAGCCGCAAGUCAGAGGUCCUUAUAAUGCUAAGAAAUCACCAUUUUUUACUUUCAAAAUUGCAUUAUAGUGAAUUACUGUUUACAAAAUGCACAUACUGUGAACAGAUACAAGUUUUUGUCUUUUAUAAGGUUGUUUGUAGAUUGUUUUUUUAAAGGGGAUGUUAUAUGUUAAAAUAUUUUCAGUUUUUUUUUAUAAAUACUAAGUAACUGUUUACUAAUUUUUGUUUAGUCAGUUGUGUGCAAAUGUAGCUGAAAGGUAGGGAGAAACUGCAGAUCCAAAACUGAGAUCCAAAACUGUUUCCUUUUUCAUUUCUUGAAAUGUUGCCACUACAAACUUUUCUUUUUUAACCUAAAUGAUCAGUUGUGAUGUUGUGUACCUAAAAUCAUGUAUCAGGAAACAUUUAAAUAUACUUAUGCAGGAAGCAAACUAGAGAUUACAGUAUAUUUAUGUGAUUCAGUCUGAUUCACAGAAUUCUGAGUUUAAUAUGGAUUAAACAAACUCCACUUAACAGAGAUGACAACUGAAGUAUUUUCUGCCUUGUGAAAAUUUGGAGGUGAUGUUGCUGUUCAAAAGGAAAAUUUGAACAUUUUAUAUCAUUAUAUAAUUUCAGAAUUUAGUUUCCAUAACUUUUGGGAAACAUGGUUAUAGCAAGAAUAUAGAAUAUAAAUAACCUAUUACUAAGAUACCUUAAGUGUAAAACUAGUAUGCUGGCUGUUAAUUCUAAAGAUGUUACUUAUGUUUGUUUUUAAAACAUGCAUGUAUUUAACGAUUUUAUCAUAGUAUUGUCAUGGAAAAAAUAAAUAUAUUUUCUUACAACUUA